UCGAUUCAACAGACGCCGGAGAUGCAGAAGGAGGGCAAGCUUCCCGGCGUGAACCUGGCAGGAAAGCUGCUCAAUGAACCUGGUCAGCCAGAGAGGCAGUGCGUGGUGAUCAGGGUCGAAAGAGAGAAGGAAGUGGGCCACGCCAGCGCAGUGCUGCUGGAGACGCUGCGGUGCCGUGCAGAUGCCACAGCCGAAAGAUUGGGCCCUGAGCACCGUUUUGCGCUUUUGGCACUGAGCCGGCUCGCGGACGUGCUGGUGGCCCGCGGCGCCUUCGCCGAGGCCGUGCCUCUGCGGCGCCGAGUCCUGGAGGGCCACGAGCGGCACCUGGGCCCCGAGCACUACGACACGCUCGCCUGUGUGCACAACUUGGCGUCGGUGCUGCAUUACCUGGGGAAGCGCAGCGAGGCGGAGGCCUUCUACCGCCGAGCUCUUGCAGGAAAGGAAGCACAGUUUGGCGCAAAUCAUCCGUCCACGCUCACCUCCAUGAACAACCUUGCAGCGCUCCUGCGGCAGCGGGGGAAGCUGGAGGAGGCUGAAGAACUGCAACGCAAAGCGCUCGCUGGUCAUGAAGCGCAGCUGGGAGCGAGCCAUCCCAACACGCUUAUCAUCCUGAACAUUCUCGCUAUGAUCGUCGAGUCGCAAGGCAAAUUGGAAGAGGCAGAAGGUCUCUACCGCCGAGCAUUGGAAGGAAGCGAGUCCCAACUGGGACCCCAACAUCCGCACAUGCUCACUUUUGUGAACAACUUGGCCGAUCUCUUGUCCAAGCAGGGCAAGUUGGAGGAGGCGGAAGGGCUGCACCGCCGAGCAUUGGAAGGCAAAGAGUCCCAACUGGGACCGCAACAUCCCAGCACGCUCGUCUCGGUGGACAACUUGGCCAUGCUCUUGUGCAAGCAGGGCAAGUUGGAGGAGGC